AUGCAUGGAACUGUAAGAACACUGCCACAACCCCAUGUAAGGUACCUACGCAAUGAUUUCAAGUUAAUAGUUAGCAGUGAGUGCCCCCCGCUGCCAGCCCUCUUCUACCAGCUUUUCCUCUUCUUCCUCUUCCUCUCCCUUUUUUUUCUUUUUCAGAUGUGUUACCAACUUGUCGAGCUCUAUAGCGCCUGCCGCUGCUUGUACUAUCAACACGCUAUCGAUCGCUGUAAAAGCCAUGACAGGCCGGGACAUUUACUACAACGUCGGACCAUCUUCGUCAGCUAUUGGUGUUGCGAUCACCACCAAGGCUCUGCUUUUCCCAUCCGAAAUUUGAACAGAGCGCACGCCGAAAGCCCUCUUUUCCUCCUCCGCUACCUGAACAAAGCCUCUGAGCUGGGCUGAACCAAACAACAUAACAUACUUUAUACAUCAAUCUAUGCAGCCAGAAUUCAGUCAU